UCCAAAAUGGAAACCACCUCCGACCACAACAACAACAACAACCACAAACCUCACUUCAUCUUGAUCCCAUGGAUGGCUCAAGGUCACUUCAUCCCCAUGAUCGACAUCGCUCGUCUUCUCUCCCUCCACUCCGUCUUCGUCACCGUCAUCACCACUCCCGGCAACACUUCUCGCAUCUCCUCCACCAUCUCUCGUCUCCUCCCCGUCCACUUCACCACCCUCUCUUUCCCUUCCACCGCCACCGGCCUCCCUCCCGGCUGUGAAAACCUCGACUCCGUCCCCUCCCGUGACCUUGCCCGCAACUUCUACAAUGCAGCCAAACUCCUCCGCCAACCUUUAGAACACCAUCUCGUACCUCCACCCCUCCACCAAGCUGCAUCAUCGCCGGCGUUGGCUUCCCUUGGCUUCACUCCAUCGCCAAAGAACUCAACGUUCCAAGACUCGUCUUUCAAGGCUUCUCCUGCUUCUCUCUUCUCUGCAAUCACAACCUUAGCUUUUUCAAACCCCAUGAGACUGUUUCCUCUCCUUUCCAACCUUUUCUUUUACCUCAUCUCCCAACAACAACAACAACAACAACAGCUCAUGAUCACAAAGUCAGAGCUUCCCAAGUUUUUCGACAAGUCCUCAGAGUUCUAUGACAUUUAUAAAGAGCUACAAGAAGGUGAGAAUUCAGCUGAUGGUAUUAUAGUAAACAGUUUUGAUGAAUUAGAGCCUGAGUAUGCGGAGUUCUUGGCAAAAGCCACUAAGAAGAGAGUGUGGACAGUAGGGCCAGUUUCACUCUCAAGUGAAGAUAAACUCGAUGUCUCCGAGAGAGGAAACAAAGCCGACAUCAAUGAAGAAGAUUGUCUCCAUUGGCUUAACACACAAGUACCAGGUUCAGUAAUCUACGUGAGUUUUGGUAGCAUGGGAAAGCUGGCUCCGGAGCAAGUCAAGGAGUUAGGAUUUGGGUUAGAGGAGACUAAAAGGCCGUUCAUAUGGGUUAUGAAAGACGUCGGAAAAUUUAGAAAGAGGAAUGAAGGUAAGUGUUUUUUGAUAAGAGGAUGGGCACCACAAGUGAUGAUAUUGAAGCACAAAGCAGUGGGAGGGUUCUUGACACAUUGUGGAUGGAACUCAACGUUGGAAGGCGUGGCCGCCGGCGUGCCGUUGAUGACGUGGCCUUUGGGAGCUGAUCAGUUUCUGAAUGAGAAGUUGGUGGUGGAGGUGCUUGGUGUUGGAGUGAGAGUGGGAGCUAAGGCUGUAGUUUCAAUGGAGGGAGGAGAGAAAGGUACUAGUGGAGAUCAGGUGGUGAGGAGAGAGAUGGUGGUGAAGGCUGUGGAGAGGUUGAUGGAUGAUGGAGAUGAAGAAGGGAAGAAGAGGAGAGAGAGAGUGAAGGAGUUGGAAGAGAAAGCUAAGAGAGCUUUGAUGAUAGGUGGGUCUUCUUGGUUGAAUUUGGAUCUUUUGAUUGGCUAUGUGUCUGAGCAUGACGUUGUCAAGCUGCAUGGUUAGGGUUUGGAACUUAGGGUUAGGGUUUGGAACUUAGGGUUAGGGUUUACUGUUAUAUCAAGAAAGAGAGAGAGAGAUCAUGUGUAGUACUUUGUUUGGAAAUGAGAGAAAGUAGCAGAGGCACAGUAAGUAGUCUGUAUGGCAUGUGAUGGUUUUUAAUAUUGUGUAAGAGAAGUCUGAUGAUGAUGGUCAACUCUUGUUCUUAAUGGGAAACAAAUGUAUGGAUUGAAUGAAGUAAUGAAUAUA